AUGGCGCCCCAUCCUGCUCCUUGCGGUGUCCAUGGCAGCACAAUGGAUGUCGGCGCAGUAGAGGAGGAGCUAGGCACAGCAGGGCCGACAGUCGACGCAGCAGGGACAAGACAAGCUUUUACUGCAGAGCAAAUAAAUGAAACAACUUAUGUUGAUAUUCAUGGUAACAAGGCGGUCUCUGACAGCUUGAGGAACAACCCCAAAGUACAGUAUGAUGGGAGACGUUUUUCUUACAAGUCCAAGCAUGAUCUUAAGGGAAAAGAUCAACUACUUGUUCUGAUAAGAAAAUUCGCAGAGGGUCUUGCUGUCAUGGAAAUCAAGGAUGCAUACCCAGCUGUAAUGGAAGAUCUGCAGGCACUGAAGGCCGCAGGUGAAGUUUGGCUGUUAUCAAACAUGGACUCACAGGAGGACAUUGUGUACCCUAAUGAUCCUAAAACGAAGACCAAGGUUGAUGAUGACCUGAAACUUCUCUUCCGGGAGACUGAGUUACCACGUGACAUGGUCGACGUAGAAAAGGAGCUUCAGAAGAAUGGCAUCAAGCCCAUGACAAACACUGCGAAACGAUGUGCAGCUGCCCAGAUCGACGGGGUAAAAUCCAAGUCUAAACCCAAGAAGAAAGAUCUUAAGAUCACAAAACGGAGCAGACUUACGAAUGGGCAUCUGCCAGAACUGUUCCAGGACAUCAACGAAUGA